AUGGUCGAUGAAGAGCUCGAUGGUGCCGCGGUUGGUAUUGAAGAUUAUGUCAGUAACCACAAUGGGCGCCUAAGAGUGUAUGGGACAAUCAAAAUGAAGCCUGAGGAUUUUGUGGUGCGCGAGAUAAGUGCGGCAGGCGAAGUGGUGGGAUUUAGCGACAAGGCCGACGAAUUACCAACAGAGAGUGAGCUACAUGCAGUCCUAUGUAAGGUUGAGUCGAUGCAGAAAGAGAAGAAAAAGAGACUGAGAUUCGAGGAGCCUGCAGACGGUUGGCGGGCUGCAUUGAAACGUUUAAUUGGACUGCAAAGCCUGGAAAAAGUUGAGCGUGUGGCUCAAAAUCAGGAAAAUGAGUGUCUUCUACCGUCUCCCAAAGACUUUCGAGACCGCGUAUAUCUUCAAAAUUGUAUCCAGAAUUGCUUUCCGGGACUAGAUUGCCAGAUGCAGAAGCCAUUUCCAUUUGAUGACCAACAAUGCGAGCAACAAAUUUUAGUUGUGGUGGAUUCUGUCUACAAGAGGUUUCGAGAUGGAGGAAUUACGCUACGAAAUUGUGAUCAUCUUCUUUCGUUCCUCCGAAAGGGAUCAGAAGAUCCUGCGGCAAAGGAAGGUAUUGAGCUUGAACACGAAAAUUCGAAGGAAGCUAGAACAGUGUUGCAUCGAUUGAUUGCCAAGAAUUCGGCUUCUUUUAAAACGAAGACAGAAAUGCGGGAUGGUACGCAGCGAUUGGUUGUAUAUUUUUCACCCAAGACCAACAAAAAACGCAAGCGCUCGGAGCCACAUGUAUAUCUUCAAUUUGUUUUACAAAAGUCCAAUGAAGAACAUUUUGCAUGCUUUGAAAAAUUAGCUCGCCAACUUCGCCUUCCGCUUACUGCAUUUACAUAUGCAGGAAUAAAAGAUAAAACGGCAAUCACUUUUCAGCAUGUUGUGGUGCAAGGCGCAGCCCCUGAUCAAUUACUAAGCGUAAUUAAUGAUGAAAGUGGAUCAACGGGUAUGCGCCUUGGAGACUUCAAGUACGUCGAGACCCCGAUGUCUUUAGGAGGAGCAAAUGGAAACAAAUUCUUGAUCGUCAUUCGCAAUCUUUUUUCGAAAGACACAAGCACAAAGGAAAUGGUUCGCUUGUCACUUGAGGAUGCACUUACAAAUGUAAAGCGUCAGGGUUUCAUCAACUAUUUUGGUUUUCAGCGAGUUGGAAUGCCGACGAAUAAAGUGCGUUCUCACCACAUUGGAGAAAAGUUUUUUGCAGGCCAAUGGGAAGAUGCCUUGAGGCUUUUAAUGACUGUUCAGAAAGGUGAUUCCGAUAUUGUUAGGAGAGCAAAGCUCUAUUAUCUUGAGUCGGGUGAUAUUGAUAGUGCGCUGAAGCUUCUACCACCUGAUCUACUGGUUGAACGGCAAUUGCUUAAGGGACUCAAACGCUACGGAGACAACGCAUUUGAACAGGCAAUACAAAGUAUUUCAUUUGCACGUCGUGUGAUGUACAUGCACGCUUACCAAAGCUAUGUCUUUAAUCGAAUGGCGUCAAUUCGACUGCGUCGAUACGGACCCAAGGUAGUUGAAGGUGAUCUGAUUCAAGUUAGUCUCCAGAACAAUAAAGUUGUCAAGACUGUCACCGCGGCUGAAGCUGACACCCUCAAUACAACCCAUGAAAAUGCAAUUUCUUUCGUGCUUCUACCUCUGCCUGGUACCAAUGUGGUGUUCCCUUCCAACGCAACCACGGAAGCGUACAACAAGAUGCUGGAGCAUGAUCGCACAAAAAAUGUGCUGUGUAAGUCGGGGCUAUUAAAAGGAGCGUACAGGUCACUCAUAGCUUACCCACGCGAACUUGAAUGGUCUUGGCAAGAAGAACAAGGCAACACGCUUUCACUGCAGCUUUCGUUUUCACUAAACAGCGGAUCCUUUGCUACCAUGUGCCUACGUGAGAUACUUCACACUGAUAUUUAA